GACGCCAGUCAUCGGGUCAUCCUACCCCUAAUUUUUUCUCUCCUCUCUCUCUCUCUCUCUUUCUGUGAGUUGGCUCCACACUCUGUGCACAACAAAAAGGAGGAGGAGGAGGUGGAAAAAAGAUAUCUUGGAAAGCUCCUUUUUUUUCAUUUCAGCUGAAUUUUCUCUCUAAGCUGCUGUUAACUUGCAGACCCUUUUGAAAUGGCAAAGCACUCACAAGUACCAAAAUUUGGUGAGUGGGAGAGCGAUGAAGAUGUUCAAUAUACUACCUAUUUUGAGAAUGCUGCUAAGGGUAAGAAAGGAAGCAAAAUGAAUCCAAAUGAUCCUCAAUAUCUUGAGGCAAAAGUGAAAGGUGAAAAUGGAACAGAUAGUGUACGACAGAAGUCGGAACGUAUUGCCAGCAGAGAUGAUGUAGAAUUGCGGAAAUCAACUGGCUCCCCAAUGCAUCCAGACACCAUGGGUCACAAAGUUCCAACUUACCCAUCUCCACAACGACUUGGUGAGAAAUAUGGAGGCAACAAGUUAGAAUCAGAAACAAUGAAGGGCCCUGAAAUCCUAACACCAAGGCAUGAACGUCUGCCAAGCCGAGAAGAGGGUUACCUGAGGAAACCUACUGAUUCCCCAUUGCGCAAUGAGAACAUGGGGAGAAGAACACCUAUGGAAUCACCUCAUCAUCGCUAUGGUGGCUUAAGUGGUGGUGCUACACCUAAGAGGGCCUCUCAGCAAAGUGUGGGACCUGAUCGCAGCAUUGAGCAUUCUCCGCUGCAUCCACAUUCCCAUGGAAGGACUGGAGGCAAAGGUGGUGUUGUCUCCUCUCCCUCAUGGGAAAGAAAGGCUUCAUCUGAAGGUACUCAUGGUCUGGCUCCCUCUACACCUGGAAGAUCCCGUUUGAGAUCAGUUGCAAAAGGUGAUGACACGCCUGAUGACAGCCCUGCUGUUCCUAAAUUUGGUGACUGGGAUGAGAAUGAUCCUGCAUCAGCAGAAGGUUACACGCAAAUAUUUAACAAAGUCCGAGAGGAGAAGCAGACUGGUUCAACAAAAGUACCUUCCUCAUCAACUGAUACAUCUUACUCCAACAGUCAAAAGCGAUAUGGAAAUGACAGUGGAAAGGGAUGUUUGUGCUUUCCAUGGGGUCGGAGUUGACAGUGCUGAGGAUGAGAUUAACAAAAAUGCACAUGGGCAUGUACCCUAUUUUAAAACAUGGAACAUUGGUUAUGUAUAGAUUUAGGUCUCUUUAGUAUAUAUGUUGUUCAUUGUGUGCUUUAGACUUGAAUAUUUUAAUUUACAAACCAGAAAAAAGAUUGAGAAAAGGGAAAAGAAAAAAACAAAGAGAAAAUAACAUUCUUCUUAUUCUGCCAUCCAUUUGUUGUUGGCUUUCUUCUUCAUGGAGAUUUAUCCAAGUUAUCUUUAUAUUUUG